AUGAGUGACAAUAAAUGUGAUAGUCAUUUUUAUAGUGUGCAAGUUGCAGAUUCAACUUUCACAGUACUCAAACGUUACCAGCAAUUAAAACCAAUAGGAUCUGGAGCUCAGGGAAUUGUUUGUGCUGCUUUUGAUACAGUUGUUGGGAUAAAUGUUGCUGUCAAGAAAUUAAGUCGACCAUUUCAGAAUCAAACUCAUGCAAAGAGAGCUUAUCGUGAACUCGUUCUGUUAAAAUGUGUCAAUCAUAAAAAUAUAAUUAGCUUACUGAAUGUGUUCACUCCACAAAAAUCUCUAGAAGAAUUUCAAGAUGUGUAUUUGGUUAUGGAAUUAAUGGAUGCUAAUUUAUGCCAAGUGAUUCACAUGGAAUUGGAUCAUGAAAGAAUGUCUUACCUACUUUAUCAGAUGCUUUGUGGUAUUAAACAUCUCCAUUCAGCUGGUAUAAUACACCGAGAUUUGAAACCCAGCAACAUAGUAGUAAAGUCAGAUUGCACACUCAAGAUCCUUGAUUUUGGCCUGGCACGGACAGCAUGUACUAAUUUUAUGAUGACUCCAUAUGUAGUCACACGGUAUUAUAGAGCACCUGAAGUUAUCUUGGGGAUGGGAUACAAAGAAAAUGUUGAUAUCUGGUCAGUGGGGUGCAUCAUGGGAGAACUGGUGAAAGGUUGUGUGAUAUUCCAAGGCACUGAUCAUAUUGAUCAGUGGAAUAAAGUUAUUGAGCAGUUAGGAACACCAUCUUCAGACUUUAUGAAGAAAUUGCAGCCAACUGUGAGGAAUUAUGUAGAAAACAGGCCAAAAUAUCCUGGUAUCAAAUUUGAAGAACUUUUCCCUGAUUGGAUAUUCCCAUCAGAAUCUGAACGAGAUAAACUGAAAACAAGUCAAGCUAGAGAUUUGUUAUCAAAAAUGCUUGUAAUAGAUCCUGACAAGCGAAUUUCUGUUGAUGAAGCCUUACGACAUCCUUAUAUUACUGUUUGGUAUGAUCCUGCUGAAGCAGAGGCACCACCACCUCAAAUUUAUGAUGCCCAGUUAGAAGAACGAGAACAUGCUAUUGAAGAAUGGAAAGAACUAAUAUACAAAGAAGUAAUGGACUGGGAAGAAAGAAGCAAGAAUGGUGUGGUAAAAGAUCAACCCUCAGGUUACACAGAUGCAGCAGUAAAUAGCAACACCACUCCUUCUCAGUCCUCAUCUAUCAAUGACAUUUCAUCCAUGUCAACAGAGCAGACAUUGGCUUCAGAUACAGACAGCAGCCUGGAUGCCUUGACAGGACCCAUUGAAGGUUGUCGAUGAUAAGUUAAAAAUUGCAAACUUGCAGUUGGAAAAGAACUCUUGAUUCCAUGCUUAUAAGUUCAUGGAACCAAGCAGAGAAACUCCAUGUUCUGCAUGUCCUAGUCAGUGCAAUGCCUGUGUUCUUACUCAGCUGUAAUUUGAUUGCCUGCUUGAUGUUAUAAAAAUGAAAGCAAUGCAAUGUCUGACAAAAAAAAAAAAAAAAACAACAAAAAUCACAAGCCAAUCAUAGAAUAUUUCAGGUGAGCAGUGAUAGUAGGUGGGGAAAAAAAGAAUUGUGUUAUCAGCAGUGACCGUGUGUCUUUAGCAAACUUCUGGACUUACACUCAGGUGCCAUCAGAAGCUUGCUUUAUUUAUUUGACCUUGCUUUCUGGCCUGCCUAGCAUUCAGAUACAUGGUAGGUAGGAGUCCAGUGAUGCUCCAGACAGUGUCUUUUUUCCAGGUCAUUUCUUAUUCCUGCUGAGUAAUGUGGUGUCUACAUAGAAGAAAUAAAUAGUCCUGUGAGCUAAUCAGCUAUUGUUGCCCAUUUUGCUCUAUCAUAGUACGCUUCAUUCUAUGACUUUUUUCUUUCAGAAAAACAGGCAUUUUAAAAGUAUAUAUUUAAUCAUUUUUUUAAAAAAGCAAUUGCUUUCCAUGAAUUUAUGGCAUUCAAGGCUGAGGAUGAAUUAUUGUAAUAUGUGUGUAUAUAUAUAUAUGUAUAUCUAUAUAUAUGUUGAUGUUGACCACUACUCAAGCAAAAAUAUUUACAGGGAUGUUCGUUCUUCUUAAAUUGCUCUGUCCUGUGUUGAUUUGUAAAUUUGACUCUUCAUUAUGCCAAAGGAUGUUUUUGUUAUAUGCAAAGUUACAUAUUGACUUUUAAAAGCCUGUCUAUUUUACUUAUCCCUGAUCUGCUAGUGCUCUAGAUAUCUUAGUUUGCAGUGCUUUAAGGAGACAUAUCUCUCAGUACAUAUUGUUACAGUUAUUCACAAAAGUAUGAUGGCACAUGGAUUCUUAAAUCCAUUAUCUUCAUCACUGAUGCUUAGAGUAGAUUUUUGCAAAAUUAUGCCAUGGUAGACAGAGUGCUGGACUUGGAGAGUCAGGAAGACUUGGUUUCUGAUUCUGCCUCUGAUGCUUACAGGCACACACAUGAAUGUGGGCAAAUCACUUAAGAUUCUUGAACCUCAGUUUCUUUAUCUAAUAAAAGCAGAAAGUAAUCCACAUAGUACAUGUCUCACGGGGUUGUCUCCAGGUUCAGAUAUGAUCAUGUGUAAAAGAUAUGUUGCAGAUUUUAAAAUGCUACAAUAAAUACCUACUUUUGUGUGAAAAGUUAAAUUGAUUUAUUCUAAAUUAAAAAAAACAUUGAUUAUUAUUCCCAAUUCAUAUUGUCAUAUUUUUAAUGGGAUAUGCUUAGAAUAAUUUUUAGAAACUUCUGGCUUUUUUUUGUUAACUUUUCUGAAAAGUAUACAAAGGAGUCUGUCUUUUUUUUUUAAACUAGCAAAGUAAUUAUUGAAAUAUGACCUUGGGAUUUGAGGGGGCAUGCUGAACUACAGUUAAUAAACUGGUAAGAGAUUUUUAACUUAUAAUUAAACUGCUCACCUGAAAGAGGUCCUUUGGGUAUUAUUAAUUUGUUUAUAUGUGUGUGUAUUUAUAUGUGUGUAUACACACAUAUACACACAUAUACACACAUACCCCAAUAUAUAUGUCAAAGUUCAUUAAGACACUGAGUAUCUAAAUGGCAUUGCAGAAAUGGAGUGAAUUAAAAACAAUUGCAUUUCAAUUAUGUUGCUCAUAAUUUUUCUCCCUCAAGAGCUGGUUUUUACAGACUAAUAUCUUGUUUUUAGUCAUUUUGGAAGUUAUUUGAACUGAACUUUCAGCAGAAUGUGUUUCAAGGAAGUAUGUUAAUAAGAAAAAGUCUGU